AUGGUUCCUAUCGGUUGGAAGCGUAUUCGAGAUAAUAAUACAAUCUACUAUGUCAGCCCAACUAAGGAUAAACUUUGGAACAUGUCCGAUGUUAUCAAAUAUGUCACUUCAGACGGGACUUGUAAAUGUAACUUACAAUGCCCACUAUUCCUAGAUCGAGUAUUCACAUUUAGCCUUGAUGUUAAGCAAAUGGAACCACCAUUUGAAAAAAGCAAAAGCAAACUAUGUACUUGUCCUAUUAUUCGGCGUGGUAGACCAAGAAAAUAUGAAUUAAAAGAAGGAAUGAAAGUCAACUACAAAAAGAAAAAGUCUUACAUUAGUCAAACUGAUAUAAAGCCAGUGGCUGACGGCGAUUGCAACACCAAUAGAAGUGAUUCGAAUUUAAAAAGUAUUCUGGAAGACAAGACACAAGAUAAUAAAAGAGUCAAGAAGAAAGGAACCCUCAAUGUUGAGCCUUUGAUCAAAAGUGAACCCAAUUUUCAUGAUAAAACUAGUACUGAAGGAGAUAAAAUAACCAGCGACAAGGGUAACAAUAACAAGCGGGGCAAAAAUAACACCAAUAAAAAUCUACCGAAACAGGACGAUACAAUCAAUCAAAUAGACAACUAUCAAUCCUUUGGAAAGAUUUCUUCUAUCGAAAGUGACGUUUCUUCAGGCAAUAAAGGAAAAAGGAAACUCAAAGUGGUAAACACUUCAAAUACAUCCGCUGACAACACUCGUACUCCACAGAAACGGAAAGAGAAAAGAUCUGCCAAUAAAGCUGGAAAUGGCGAUACGAUGGCUCUGUCUGUGGAAGAUAUCAAUGACGACAGUCUAUUCGAUUUAGGCAAAAAAUCAAAGGCGAAAAAAUCAAGGAAAAGACUUUCUUCUAUGGAUAUUGAAGAUGUUUCAUUAAGCGAUGUCAUGAAUAUACCCUUAAAACAGAUUCCUACAACGCCUAUUAGUACCGAUAAUCGACCACCUAGCCCAUCUUUUGAUUACAAUACGCAUUUAAUCAUGCCUACUCCGGCUGCUAAAGUCGCUGUAGCAUCAAAUCAAGUUACCCCAAGAACUCCCACUAUGGUCAACUAUACUAAUAAUUACUUUACAGCCAACUCAUCUACUGGAUACGAUGUUGGUACUCAUCAGCCUGUUCAACUUGGAGGUAUUCAACGAUCACCAUCAUCAAACUUAUUACCUACACAAUUAAAUAAUCAUUCUUAUUCUUCACCGUCAAGUAAUAACUGCCAAAUUGGAGAAUGUAUCGAAGCUUACCGAAAUACUACUGCGCCAACUACGCCAAUCGAAUCUCAUAAUUCGUAUGAGGUGAUGCAACCAACAACUUUAACAAAGCAACAGUUAAAUGUACCCCAUUGUACAGCAAAUAUACCUGCAAAUAGAGCUAUACAGGGUACUAUGGGAAAUAUGAAUAACAUGGAUCAACAACAGCAACAAAAUUAUAUGAUGCUUGAUCAAUCAAAUCAUCCAAAUAGAAUAUUGACACCUCCAGAUCUUAAUUAUGUUGGUAUAGAAAACGAAGCUGAAAAUAAUCCGGCUGAUAUGUUCAUGAGUGGUGUGAAUACGAUGGAUAGUUCGACGGUAAAUUCUAUGAACUUAACUCCUCAGCCGCAAUCUCCUACAGGCAAUAUGUAUUCUUCAGGUAAUAAUACAUGCCAAAAUUAUUACAUUAACUCCGCACAACCUCAACACAGCCAAAAUCCUGCUGCAGAUGGUUUAUUAAGUAGUGAUGUGGCGAAUAUGCAAAAGCAAUUAUCUUCUGAUGAUUGCCAUUACUAUAGUAUGUCACCCUCUGGUUCAUCUUAUAAUUAUUCAUCGCCAACAACUCCACGAAUGAUACCCGUAACAAGUGUCAUGGCAGGCAAUCCGAUGAAUUCCAACACCGUUACUAUGUCAAACAAUUUGGAUAAUCAACUUGAAUCAACUUGCCCACAAAAUCAACAAAUUCCACAAGUAAUGCAUUCUUAUGGAAAUAACCUCUCAAGAAGCAAUUCAGCAGUAAUGAUCCAAGGCCAUUCGCAGCUUGUUCGUCAACACAGUACUGGACAGACUGCACAGGCUGGAAUGUCAGAUUAUUGCCUUAACAAUAACAACAAUAAUAAUCGCUACAAUAUGCAAGUCAAUUCUACUGCGUACAUGAAUAAUUCGGGACCAAUCUGUACGUCUGGCAGUAAUCAAUCUCCAGUAACUGGUUAUAAUCAAUCCAAUCUUCAAAUGAAUUCACAAUCUCAACAUUUAAUUUACAAUGACAUGUCUUCUAAUCCUCAAAUCAUGCAACAGCAUGAUGGGUCAUUAAAUUAUCCUACAUCCAAUAUGCAAUUAUCGACAAAUAUGAACAUUGAUAAUCAAAAUGAUAGUAUAAAUAUGAUGUCCAACAUGCCGAUUUUAGAACCUCAUUCCGUUGGUAUGCGUACUGAUAUUCCAUCUCAAUCAGUAAAGCAAUCGAAUGUAGUUAUGGAACAGCAGCAACAAAACACUCAAAAUAAUCGCCAAUAUGUCGGCGUACCUUCAACAUUACUGGAUGGGCAACCAGGCCAGAUUAGCCAAUUUGAUAUGUGCUAA